AUGGUUCCCGCUAACAUGUCUGCCGCCGACAGCAAAUCCCGCCAAUCUUCUGGCGGCAAGUCAUUCUUCUCUAGAAGUAGCAAGAAGGACAGGAGAAAUGCCAGCGACGAGGGCAAAUUGGGCGCAGAUCUGGAUAAAACAAGCACCGCAGGAUCCAGAUCAUCACGGCACGCCAGAGGCUCCUCUGUUGCAUCUUUAGAAAGGCCCAGUUCGCCCGGUGCGGAUUUGGGAGGUCUGAAUAUGAUGGCAGGAGUCAUAACGUCUAUUCCUUAUGACAGCGUAAUGGCAGAUGGGAAAUCCCCCAUACCCGUGGAUUACCUGCCUCGACCCGACCAGAUGCCAAUUCGAAGAGAACCUCUGCCGCAUCACCUCAACAAGCCGGGCUCCGACUAUCACCAAUACCCAUCCUUUGAUCCUGCUACCCUUCCCAAUGGCAGCUCACACCCUUCUGGGCCACGGCCACCUCCAGGAGUUGGAAACAUUACCAUGGCAUCUACAGGGGAUCGGAGAACCCAAUUACAACAGUGGGGACCGGGGAGGGCGAGCAAUGCGAGUACUUUGAACGGGCACAACUCACGAUACGACUCCUACUCAACAGCACAAACUUCGGCCUACGGGAGGAAUUCUUUUGACCAUUCUAGCGCUGACUCUAGUACUGACCGCUCCAGCGUCUUCUCCUCUGGAAGCUCGUCCAGGACAGCUAUGCCAGCUUCUCAGUCUACCAGCUCCUUCAACAGCAACCUGUCGCCCUCCCAUGCAUCGAGCCGCGAAACCCACCGCCUCACGAAAUUCCCAUCGCAUUAUUUGUCUGGGUCUCCAUCCGGUUCAUUCGGGGGAGAGGGCUUCAAUCUCAACAAGCCAACUGAUGACAGGGUGAUAGAGGAGCAGUUUUUGGCUUUGAUGCAAAAGCGAGGAUGGCACAAUCUACCAGAUCAAGCAAGGCGACAGAUGAUGGCAUAUCCUGCGGCAAAGAAAUGGACAUUGGUGCACCAGGAUCGACUUACGGAAUUGCAAGGCGAACAGAAACGGCGGACGAAUAUCAGGAAUACAGGGCAGUAUGGACGAGAAAUGGAAAUGCUUGCCAAUGCGGAGGAGGAGGGUACGCCAGAGUGGUUUGUACGGAAAGUUAUGGACAACAGCAUCUCCGCGAAACAGUUACAAAGUUUAGCUGUAAGCUUGCGAACGCAACCAAUUGGAUGGGUCAAGACCUUCGUGGAGUGUCAAGGACAGGUUGCUCUGACGAAUGUAUUGGGGAAAAUCAACAGACGGCAAGCCCAAGGACCUGCGCCAGCCGAUGGAUCAACGAGCGACAGGGACCUGGACCGCGAGUAUGAUAUCGUCAAGUGUUUGAAGGCUCUUAUGAACAACAAAUUCGGCGCCGACGAUGCAUUAUCUCACCAACAAGUUAUUGUGGCUUUGGCAACAUCUCUUAUUUCACCCCGGUUAACGACAAGGAAACUGGUCAGCGAAGUGUUGACCUUCUUAUGUCACUGGGCUGAUGGUCAGGGCCAUCUCAAAGUCAUUCAGGCUAUGGACUAUGUCAAGAAUCAGCAAGGAGAAAAUGGCCGGUUCGAUGCAUGGAUGCGGGUGGUCGAGGUCACAGUCGAUGGGCGAGGAAAGAUGGGCAGUUUGGUAGGAGCCAGUGAAGAAGUCCGAAGUGGUGGGAUUGGAAUGGAGAACCUCUUGAUGGAAUACGCAGUUGCAACACUCUUCCUCAUCAACAUGGUUGUGGAUGCGCCUGAGAGGGAUUUACAGCUUCGUGUCCAUAUCCGGGCACAAUUUACAGCAUGCGGUAUCAAGCGAAUUUUGACCAAAAUGGAGGGUUUCCAAUACGAUGUUAUAGACAAGCAGAUUGAACGAUUCCGGACAAACGAGGCCAUUGAUUAUGAAGAUCUUCUGGAACGUGAAAAUAGCAGCAUCAAAGAUAGCAUUGAAGGAGAAGUCAAAGAUCUUAGCGACCCGACUCAAAUCGUCGAUGCUAUCAUGCAAAAAGUUCAGGGGAGCAGGACCCAAGAUUACUUUGUUUCUGCUCUACAACAUCUGCUACUUAUCCGGGACAACGAUGGAGAAGAGCGGUUACGGAUGUUCCAGUUGGUGGACUCUAUGCUCAGUUAUGUUGCUAUGGACAGGAGGUUACCUGAUAUGGAUCUUAAACAGAGUCUCAAUUUCACUGUUCAGAGUUUGCUUGACAAGCUUCAUACGGACUCGGAGGCUCGGCAAGCUCUUGAUGAAGCCCUAGAGUCUCGCCAAAUAGCCGAUUCGGCCAUGGCAGAGCGGGAUGAAAUGAAAUCCCAAAUCGAGCUUGGAGCCGAUGGAAUGGUUGCAAAAUUACAGAAACAGCUGGACGAACAAGCCCAGGUUAUCGAAAUCCAGAGGCGGCAAGCGGACGCGCUGAAGAGCGAUUUGGAGAGUAUACAGGCACUUCGUGCUAAGGAAGCCCAGAGGAAUGAGCUUGAAACCAGAGAACUGUAUCUCAUGCUGCGUGAUGCCCAAGAUAUUGCUGCAUCGAAUGCUGCUAAGGGUACUGCUGGAACUGCAUUGGGAGAGACCGAUCCUUCCCAAAUGAAAGGCAUACUCGACCGCGAAAAGCUCAUGGACCGACUUGAGAUGCAAAUUGAGCGUCAAAAGACCCAAUACAAACUCGAGGGUCGGGUAUGGGGUGACGCUGCAGGUCCAUCCGAUCGCUUACGAGCACUUCGUGAGGAGAUGGAUGGUGAUAGCCGAUCUGGUGGUGGUGCAACUCCACCUAGAGAUUUCACCAACAGCAUGCUCGGAAGCGUAUCUCGCCAAACCAGAAUACCUCGGAAACCUGUCAACUCCCAAGAUAUCCUAUUCGAGGAUGAUGAUGGUGAUGACGAGGAGGGUAUUGUCUUUGAGAAACCUCGUGUGGUGGAAAUGAGACGACCCAAGCAAGCACCUGGUUAUCUGGCGGAGAUGAACUCGAAGGUCAAGCGUUACGAUGCUAGUGAUGACGAGGAUGGUGAUGGAGUCACCACAGGACCUUCGCAUCCUAGUCUCGAAUCCGACCCGCCAAGAACACCGAAUGAUGAGACAGCACUGAAGGUCGAAGGGUUCAAUGGACCUCCGCCUCCUCCGCCCCCUCCAAUGCCUGGACAAACUCCUGGCUUUGCAGGACCUCCCCCCCCGCCACCGCCUCCCCCACCGCCUCCUGGAUCUCUUGGUGGACCACCACCACCUCCGCCUCCUCCUCCAAUGCCAAACGGAAUGAUGCCACCACCACCUCCUCCGAUGCCUGGAAAGAAGUCUGGUGGUUACUUGAAUCAACCAUCGUACAACGCUGCUCCUACGCUGGGUAUGCCAGUUGCCAGACCGAAGAAGAAGCUCAAGGCACUUCAUUGGGAGAAGGUUGAUACUCCUAUGACAACCCAUUGGGCAGCACAUGCACCAACCGCAGCCGAAAAGGAAGAGAAAUAUGCCGAACUUUCAAGAAAGGGUGUUCUGGAUGAGGUAGAAAAGCUUUUCUUGGCCAAGGAGAUCAAACAACUCGGCAAGGGCGCUGGCAAAAAGACGGACAAGAAGCAGAUCAUAUCUAGUGAUCUGAUGAGGACGUUCCAAAUCUCGCUUGCUAAAUUUUCCAAUUAUUCCGUGGAGAAGAUCGUUCAAAUGGUUAUUCACUGUGACAAAGAGGUUUUGGACAAUGCUGUUGUCAUGGAUUUCUUGCAAAAAGAGGACAUGUGCAAUGUACCUGAAAACACUGCCAAAUUAAUGGCGCCAUACAGCAAAGACUGGACUGGACCCGAUGCCAACAAGGAUAGCCGCGAGAUGGACCCUACCGAGCUAACUAGAGAAGAUCAGAUUUACCUUCAAACAGCUUAUGAGCUUCACCAUUACUGGAAGUCAAGAAUGCGUGCUCUGGCUCUCACCCGAACUUUCGAGGCGGAAUACGACGAGGUUUCGGACAAACUAAAGCAAGUUGUUGCCGUCUCAGAGUCACUACGAGAUUCAGUAUCUUUGAUGAACGUCCUUGGUCUUAUUCUUGAUAUCGGCAACUACAUGAACGAUUCAAACAAGCAAGCCAGCGGAUUCAAGCUGAGCUCUCUUGCACGACUCGGCAUGGUGAAGGAUGACAAGAACGAGUCUACUUUUGCUGAUCUUGUGGAGCGUAUCGUUCGGACUCAGUACCCAGAGUGGGAAGGCUUUACCGACGAUAUUGGGGGAGUAGUCACGUCACAGAAAUUAAAUGUUGAGCAACUUCAACUAGACGCGAAGCGCUACAUUGACAACAUCAAGAACGUCCAAAUGUCCCUAGACUCUGGUAACUUGAGCGACCCAAAGAAAUUCCACCCUCAGGAUCGAGUCAGCCAAAUCGUACAGCGGUCGAUGAAGGAUGCAAGACGGAAGGCUGAGCAGAUGCAACUCUACCUGGAGGACAUGAUCCGAACGUACGACGACAUCAUGGUCUUCUACGGCGAGGAUCCUGCUGAUGAGAAUGCACGACGUGAUUUCUUCUCUAAACUUGCUAUCUUUGUUACGGAGUGGAAGAAGUCAAGAGAAAAGAACAUUGUUCUUGAAGCCACUCGCAAACGUAACGAAGCAUCUAUGAAGCGCAAACAUGCUCAGCUCAAAGUCACUGGAUCAUCAGAUGGAAGCGCACCGCCAUCGCCUGUCUCCACUGGAGCCAUGGACUCGCUGCUGGAGAAGUUACGCGCUGCAGCUCCGCAAGCUCGGGAUCAAAGGGAUAGAAGGAGAAGAGCUCGCCUGCAGAACAGGUACCAAGUACGUGUUGCUUCUGGACAGAAGAUACCCGAUCCAGACGAGAUUCCGGAGAUGGAGGAUGCACUGAAGAGUCCUGAAUCUAUCAGUACUGAAGGUCUCAUGAGCCCUGAGUUGACCGCUCCUAAAGAAGGCUCCGAGGAUGAUAUUGCUGAACGAGCCGCCCUGCUCCUGCAAGGAAUGAGAGGAACCGACGGUGCAAAUGAUGCAGAGGAGACCGAGCGAAGAGACAGUAUGAGGAGAGCGCGUCGACGCGACAACGCCGAGGAAGAAAGAAAAGCUCGACGACGACGCCGAGAAAAGGCCUCCAGUGUGUCUGAACCCCUGGAUGGAGACACAGUGCUGGAAGAGGAGCCAGAUACGCCACAAACAGCAGAAGCACCAGCUUCUGAAGACGGCGAUAAAGAGAAGGUGCCGACGCCCACCACGGUGGUGAGCCCUCCAAGCCCCGACGGCUCUAAAACAAAACCUAUAGAAUUGGAGGAGUGA